AUGACGGUGGUCGUGUUCGGGCGGCGCUGCGGGCGCGGGCGGUGCGCGGUCGUACGGCGCGACAGCGGCUCGCUAUCGAUGCGGGUGCGCGCGCACGCUCCCGCGCCCCUCGCGUUCGAUUUUCCCCGUCCGGGCGAUGGUGGCGGCGCGUUGCAUAACUGUGUAGCGGCACUCCGCGCGCGAUACCGCUCCGAGCGCCCGCCGCGAGCGCGCUACACGCGCCGAUACGCGCAACGUCGCGCCCUUUACGUAACGCGCGACCACCGUGCGCGCUCUCGUGACCCCUCACCGCCUGCACGAGGAUUACAUACGGAGUGUUGGGCUGUUUGUGUGGCAGGAUAA